CGAUCAUCUUUUAACGUGCCAGUUUAUUAUUCGCUGAAAUGCGCAGCAUUAUUACUUGUUUUCUCUUUGUAAGUUGCGCAUUCGCGACGGCCAUGGCGCAGAGAAACGUCCGCUUCGAAAACUGUACAGACGGUGGCGAGGCAAUCCGGUCCUUAGUGGUCACCCCGUGCAGCAGCGACCCAUGCGUCGUGCCGGUUGGCUCCGGCAUCAACAUCUCCUUCGAACUUCUCUCGAACCAGGACAGCAUCAACUUGCACUUGGAUCCCCGUGUACAGCUGCUUGGCAUGGAGCUGCCCAUCCUAGGUGUCGAGAGGGAUGCCUGUAAGCUCACGGCUGCCGCAUGCCCAGUCUCCGAGGGCCAGCUCAUCCGUGGCACAGUUCCAGUGCACGUUUACAGCUUUGUGCCACCGGUCACGGCGGUCACAAUUUGGCGGGUGUAUGGCGACAAGGGUCUCAUGGCGUGCGGCUCUACUACCGUGACUGUCUCCAGACCUUGACCCUCUCGUGGCGCAUAUCCGACUGUGCACGGACAGACUAGACUAUGUCAAGCGCUAUAGUAUUUUACAAGUGAAGGUGUAUAUAUAAGGUUGUAAAGUAAAAGCUAUUUAUUCAUCUACAAGGGUGAAAUUGUAGGCCAGGACCAUAGAGUUUCUCACUAUAACACCUAGAGGGUAAACUGGCGCCACCGUCUAUGCGAGUUUCUUAAAGGGCUGUCGUGCCCUCAUGGGAAUGAUGGGAUAUGUGUCUGCGAGGCUUGUGUUGGCUGGUGUUGUUCGAGGCUUCGUCUAAAACAUGGAUAUGGCUACACAAAUAACGCGUUCUUAAAAUAAAAUCUACAUAAAAGGCUUUCAUUCAUCCAUAUUACAUCUCUCAAUAAAGUUUACUCACAUACAAUGCAGCAUCAAGCGAAGAAAAGCAAGAACAGAUGACAAGUUGUUCCAAAGCGAGCGAGAAUCUUGUCGUCUGCCCUCCAACUUUAGCGGCCAGCUGAUACUUUUUACGUUUCAUAGAAUUGUGCAUCCAAUAGUAUGUCCUCAAAAUUAAACAAAACAUGUUUUUUGAGUAAUAAUAAAGCUAAAGCAG